GCUCAAAAUAUCUACGAGUGUUGGACCAUUCGAGGAGUGUUGAAAUUGGGCAGUGAUGGCGAGUUCAUCAUCCGCGGACGAUUUCUCAGUAUUUGUCUUGGCAUCUGAUUUGGGCGUAGACGCUCGUCCAUUCUUACAAGAUAAGUGGCACGAUUGCCCUACUCAGCUGGACCAUGAUAUUGCUCCUGAUGAUCUUCAAUACUUCUCACACCUUGACGCCUUGCACUUCUUGUCUCUUCAACCCGGUUUCGAUAAGUCUGGAAAUCGUAUCUUUCGUAUCGUUGGCAAGUACUUCCCCGCCCCGGUUGUCGAUGCUGAACGAUUAAAGAAGUAUGUAGUGCAUAAAAUAUCAAAUGAAAUGCCAGAAGGUCCAUUCUGCAUUGUUUACAUGCAUACCACUGUCCAAAAGGAUGAUAAUUCUCCUGGGAUGAGUAUCUUGAGGUGGAUAUAUGAAGAGCUUACCGCAGACAUUAAGGAUAGACUACAGGUUGUCUACUUCAUUCAUCCUGGGCUGCGCUCAAGACUUGUCUUUGCUACUCUUGGCAGGCUUCUUUUGAGUGGAGGCUUGUAUUGGAAAAUAAAGUAUAUUAGCCGCCUGGAAUAUUUAUGGGAGGAUGUGAAGAAGGGAGAUGUUGAUAUUCCACAGUUUGUGCAAGAGCAUGAUAAGAUUCUAGAGAACAGGCCGCUCACAGAUUACGGGAUAGAACCAGAUCCUCUCCACUUGACUGCAAUUCCUUCCGCAGGCUAUCCAUUUGGGAGGUUUGAAGAGAGAUGGUCUUCCAGAGAAUACAUGUCUUAGAAUUUCGGAGCUCUGUCUACAAUAAGGCGCCUUCUGUACCAGUUGUAAAAGUGCAAUCUAUCUUCUGGACACUAUUUCAAAGUAGUAAUUAUGAAGAAUUAUCAUCUUCAUUUCAAUGUGCAUGAUCUCUGGAAUCAGAGGUUAUAGCCUCUUUAGAUGCAGAACUUAGGGAACUUUGAAUGUCAUGUGGUAUCGUAAACUCGUAAAGUACUAAGGAUUUAUUAAUACUUUUAUUAUUGACAAA